CGUUAGUAUUAGAAGUUUUUUUUUUUUAAUGGAGAAUUCACGCGAAGCCCCCAGCUGGAUGCCUGGAAUCUGGAUCAGUCCAAAAGUUCUGGUGGUGCGAGAGUUGGAAGAUAAAAAAAAAAACCGAGUGGUCGGAGCGACGGCGGCGGCGGUGGCGGAGUUCAGAAGAUGGGACGACUGUUUGUGGUGGAACUGGAUGGCAGGUGUUACCGCUGCAGAUUCUGCGACACCCCUCUUGCUCUUGCCGACGACGUUAUCUCCCGGACGUUCAAUUGUAGACAAGGGAGGGCGUACAUGUUCAGCAAUGUAGUGAAUGUAACAGUCGGAAUGGCUGAGGAAAGGGUGAUGCUUUCGGGUACCCAUACAGUGGAAGACGUCUUCUGCUGCCGCUGUGGAGAAAUUCUCGGGUGGACUUAUGUAGCUGCGCAUGAUAAGAACCAGAAGUACAAGGAAGGGAAGUUUGUUCUUGAGAGGUGGAGAAUAGCCGAGGAGGUAAUGGAGGAAUUGAGUCUCGAUGGUGGUCGUGGUGGUUCCAGCGAUCCGGACAACUCAUGAGGUAAUUAAUCUGCUAUGCUGCAGAAUCCAGUAACCACAUAACAACUAGUGACACGACUGGUAGUAGUAUAGAAAGUUUUGUUAACAAUCAUGCUUCAUGCCGACAUAAACAAGUUCUUCCCCUUAAGAUGUUGUAUGUUAAGGUCUCCUGUUUGUUUGAACAGUUGGGUUCUAGGGCCAGCCACUACUAUGUGCAGCCAUCGUCUGACCCUUGAAAACCCUAAUAAUUUAGUGGAAAUGGUCAAUAGAAGUAAGAUGAUACUACAAUCUAAACUUAUGAAACCACAUUCCGGCAUCAGCAGCAUCAGUGUAACUUCUCUUUUCGGUUUUGAAUGUUCCUUUCCUUUUUGGGUACUUACUGUAAUCCUCAAUCGAGAGAGUUCCCUCAUCAUCCCUUCAUGCUCGAUUCCUCCAGCGGUUAUAGGCAAUUCGAUGUCUCAGCUUAAUCGAACAUUGAGAAUGGUCUCGAAGCAAGGAGCGAAACUGCUUGUGAAAGUUGGAGAAUGGUUUUUGGUUAGCCAUACACUACUCAUUUGAUUUAGGUUUCGAUUCAGCCGCGUAAAAACCGAGAACGUAUUUCCAACCUUACUCCCCCAUGGUGGUUGUAUCGAUCAAUCUCCGGCUCGAAUUCGCCUUUCAUGUAUGUCUCAUAAACAGCUCCACCGGCAAUGGUUGCAAUCAAUCUCUGGCUGGAAUUCCUGCGGAAGCCCCAUUUGUUAACAAUGCUUUGGAGUGAAGAAAAUGAUAAUAAAAAAAAACCGGUUGGCAAAUGUGGUUGGACAUUGGAAUGCCACCAUCACCAUGAAUUAUUGAGCUAAAGAAACAAAAGAUGGGAGUGAUAUUAUAUAAAGGAAUAUAGAAUAAGUAUAGUUUGGUUGGAUGGAUGUAUUAAAUCCUAAAGGACAAUGUUGGAUCAGUUUUGUGGAUCAGAUUUGUGAUAUGAUAGUGGGUCGGACCCCUUUGGUCAGUUGCCCCAUGAUUUGGGGUCAAACCUUUCAUCCCAAUCCCUUUAGGCCCUUACUAUAGGGCGCUGCUAAAGUAAUUGCUCACCCAACUUAGGGGUCCCAAUCCCUCGCAAUAAUCUAGCAUUUUCUUUUAUCGUUACAAAUUAACACUCGGUCUAGCGAUAAUACCACUGAUUUUCAAUUUGGAGCUUUAAUUACGAGUCAUUGUGAUAAUAUCAUUGAUAGAGGUGGCAAUUUCAAUCCAAUCCACCAAUCCAAUCCAUCAAUCUAUUAAAAAUAUCCACCUAAUCCAAUCCAUUUUAUCCAAAUCCAAUUGGAUUGGCAAAUUACGGUUUAGUACCUAUAAUUUUUAUUUUUUACAUUUUGGUACCUAAAAUUUAAUUUUUUUUACGAAAAAUAUCAUUGGAAAAUUACGUUUUGGUACCUAAAAUUUUUCAUUAUGACAUUUGAGUACCUAAACUUUUUACAUUUUACAUAUUGGUCCUUGGUUGAGGAUGUCAUUUGGAUUCAUGGAUAAUCCACCAAUCCAUUUGAUCCAAUCCAUUUGAUCCAUGGAUCCACCAAUCGAAUCCACCAAUCCAAUCCAUUUGCCACCUCUAAUCAUUGAUCUUCAAUAUGAAUAUUUCAGUUUCGAACCUUUUUAAGUAACAUCUAUGAAAAAUCAAACCCAUACUGCGUUAGGAAAAAAUUAUAGUAAUAAUCCAAGUAUGAUGAUAAUCUAAAAUGGGGAUAUUCCUUAUAUAUUCCAGAUAAUAAUGGGAAAGCGUGUUAUGUGAUGUAGCUUGCCGGCAAAUGUUGGGGGCCCAUAGGCGACUCAUCAGCCAUUAUCAUUGGGCCCACAGUCCAGUCCAUCUAAAGUCCACAGACGGCUGGCUGCUGGAUGAUGGGGACGGCCCACUGUUUCCACGAAUUAAACACGCGUCUUCUUCUUUUUAAGGUGUUUGAAAAUUUGUCCAUUCCUGGGAAGCACCAAAUAUACAUAUCAAGAUCAU